AUGCAGGUAUUUGCUCUCAUCGCGACAGGUGUCGCUGUUCUGGCGUCAAUGCCGGCUGUUCAGAGUCACGGCUACAUUGUCGACCCUGCCGCGCAGUGGGCCGACGGCUACCCGAACAAUGGCUACGGCAGUACCGUCGACAACGAGAUCUGGGGCGUCUAUGAUAACUCGAAGUACGGCUUCGGCGUGAACGGUACGUUGAACUUCUUCAAAGCUACGUUUCCGACAAAGGGAUACAAGUCGUUGGGCGCGUUCAUCGCCAAGAACCAGGAGCUCUACAGCAGCAAGACGGACCCUGAUUGCGGUCUGACCGUAUACAAAGAUUCGGCGCGAUCGAAACUACCAGCGUCGCAGCUCGAGCACACUGGAUUUACCCACACGGGUCCGUGCGAAGUCUGGUGCGACGACACCAAAGUGUUGUCCGACUAUGACUGCCAGACGAAAUACUCAGCCAUACCAGCCAAGAUUCCGUACGAUGAAGCCAAGUGCGCUAAAGCCAACCGCCUGACGAUCUACUGGCUCGCUCUACACGGAGACCCGCAAGGGCGCACCUCCUUCACCAGUUGGCGCAGGUGCAUCGACUGUCGCUGA